AUGACCACCGGGAAUCGUAACCCGAGCCGCAAUAACCUUCGGUGCUCAUUUUGCGGUCACCUUUUUCCGCAAAAUAAACUCCUGCGACCUCCGGGUCAGCCCCGGGGCGGAAUCUGCUUCGACUGUGUUCGCGAACUGGCUGCGCAUGUGGCGGAACGCAGUGAACAGAGGCGCAGUCCGUCAAAAACCGGCCGUGGUCGAUCCAACGGAACAACCACCGACCCGGCGAAAACGCCGUCCGAACCGGUGGGAUCGGCACCUCACAUUUCGGUACCGAGAGAAAUUUACGGCAAUCUCGACGAAUACGUCAUUGGUCAAGACAAGGCCAAGAAAACGCUGUCUGUGGCGGUCUACAUCAUCAGUUCAACAGCGCAUCAGAAAGCGAAGCGAUAUGCUCGAUACUCGAGGUGCCAGGCUGCCGUACUGGACAUCGCCCGCGCUGAGCAGAUCAUUUACAUCGAUGAGUUGGACAAGAUCGCGCGCAAGGAAGGCGUGAACCGUUCGAUAACGCGGGAUGUUGCCGGCGAGGGCGUCCAGCAGGAAUUGUUGAAGAUUAUUGAGGGCUGCACCGCCAACGUGCCGCCUCAGGGAGGCCGCAAGCACCCGCACCAGGAGAUGUUGCAGAUCAAUACGCGCAACAUUCUUUUUAUUUGCGGUGGCGCUUUUGAUGGUUUGCAGGAGAUAACCACCAGGCGAUUGACGAUUGGCUCUGCCAUGGGAUUCCUGGCGCACAAUGGAGGGCGGAACGAUUCCGGCGCAGCGAAUUGCGGCACGUUGGAGAAGGUCACACCUGAAGAUUUGCUCGAAUUCGGAUUUAUCCCCGAACUGGUCGGGCGAUUGCCAGUCGUUACGACUCUCCAGCCGCUGGACAAAGAGGCGUUGGUGGAAGUAUUGGUCAAGCCGAAAAACGCCAUAGUCAAGCAGUAUCAACAGCUGUUUCGCCUGGACGGGGUGAGGCUGGAGUUCACUCAGGAAGCGCUGGUGGCGGCAGCCGAAAGGGCGUUGUCGUACCAUACGGGCGCGCGAGUUUUGCGCCAUAUCGUGGAGGAUGCCCUGCUCGAAGUGAUGUACGAGCUUCCGUCGCUCUCGGAUAUCGACCGAUGCGUGGUGCACGCGGAGUCGAUCAAUCGAGAGGCGUCACCGCGAUUAUAUCGCACGGGCGGCGGGCGCUAUAUUUCGCUAGAGACGGCGUUGGCGCAAGCGGAGCGGGAAUCACGCAAGAAAUCAGCCUGA